CAAAACUCUAGCUAUCUCGCUUACAGUCUCUCUGCUUUCGGUUGAGGUCAGUUCAGGUGCCCAAAUUCGCUUCCUCUCAUCUCAUGGCUUCGUUACUUGUUUGGAGGCGAGUUUCUGCUCCAAGCCUUCUCAACAAGUUCCUCCACCCCCCCCGAUCUGUCGGUCGCUCCUUCAACACUAAUGCUCAGUUGCGCGAUCAUGACGACGAUGACCGUCGCAUCGAUGUCAGCCGCCGCUCCGACGAGCCUGUUUCCCGCCGUCGUGACUACGUUCCUAGCUUCUUUUCAGGUAAUGUGGUUGAUCCCUUCUCUCCGACAAGGAGCUUGAGCCAGGUUCUGAAUUUGAUGGAUCAAUUCAUGGACAACCCGUUCUUGUCUGCAUCGAGAGGGAUGGGAGCUGGAUCGAGAAGAGGAUGGGACGUUAAAGAAGACGAGAAUGGUCUCUAUGUGAGGAUCGACAUGCCAGGGCUCGGGAAAGAUAAUGUUAAGAUUUCCGUGGAGCAGAACACCCUGAUCAUCAAGGGAGAAGGGGAAAAGGAAUCCGAGGAGGAGGAGAGCGGACGGAGGUACAGUAGCAGGAUCGACCUACCUGAGAAGCUCUACAAGACCGAUCAAAUUAAAGCUGAGAUGAAGAAUGGUAUACUCAAGGUUGUAGUUCCGAAGGUGAAGGAAGAGGAGAGGAAGGACGUUUUCCAUGUCAACAUCGAGUGAUUUGGCUGAAUUAACCUGACGAAUUAUCGGUAGUGAGUUUUUGUAGAAAUCUUCUCUUUACUUCUGUCGUCAGUAGUGUAGACAUUGAGAAGAGUUUAUACUUAAUGGGGAAUUGAGGUUUCUGCCUUUUUGGUUUUAACAGCGAAAUGUAAAGUGGGUCUUGUGACAGAAAUGAAUAAUACUUUGGUUUCUUUCUUGGCUUUA